CUGAGGAGAAGAGGAAGGGUCGGAUUCCUAGUCUCGCUGGGUAUUUGUUUUGAGGUUGGAAGUGGAGGGAGCGGCGAUUAUGAAAGAUUAGAAAAAAGAAGAGAGGAGAAGAUGGCUACAGGGACGAGCAGACAGUUUAAGCUGGCCAAGGAAAGCGAGCUGAGAAUAGAAGUAGGCAUGGAAACCUCACUUCGACUGCGUCUCCUCUCUGGCACUGCUGAGAUCUUUGGAACCGAGCUCCCUCCCGAAAACUGGCUCACCUUCCCCCCUCGUCACAAAUUCGCCAUUUUCACUUGGAAUGGUGCAACAAUUGAAGUAAAUGGGACUAGUGAAGUUGAAUAUGUUGCUGAUGAGACACCUAUGAUAAGCUAUGUAAAUGUCCAUGCUGUAUUGGAGGGGCGAAGGGCUCGUGCAAAAGCGUCCUCUACAAAUGGCACAGAUUCUUCUCAGGGCCCCAGGGUGAUGGUAGUAGGGCCUACUGAUUCUGGUAAAAGUAGCUUGGCAAAGAUGCUUCUUAGCUGGGCAUCUAAGCAGAGUUGGAAACCUACUUUUGUGGAUUUGGACAUUGGUCAGGGAUCUAUAACAGUUCCUGGAUGCAUUGCGGCUACUCCAAUUGAAAUGCCAAUAGAUCCAGUGGAAGGAAUACCUCUUGAAAUGCCCAUUGUUUAUUUUUUUGGGCACACGACUCCAAGUGCCAAUGCAGACCUGUAUAAAGUGCUUGUGAAGGAGCUUGCUCAAACCCUUGAGAGACAGUUUGCUGGUAAUGCUGAAGCUCGAGCUGCAGGCAUGGUAAUCAACACCAUGGGAUGGGUGGAAGGUGUUGGAUAUGAGUUGCUUCUACAUGCGAUUGACGCAUUCAAUGCAAAUGUAGUUUUGGUUUUGGGUCAGGAGAAACUUUGCAGCAUGCUAAAAGAUGUACUCAAGAGCAAGCCGAAUUUGGAUAUUGUGAAACUUCACAAAUCAGGAGGUGUGGUUCCAAGAAAUACUAAGUUCCGCCAGAAGGCCAGAAGCUAUAGGAUAAGGGAAUACUUUUACGGUCUGGUGAAUGAUCUCUCUCCUCAUUCCAAUGUCGCAAACUUCAGUGAUGUUUUUCUUUUCAAAAUUGGUGGUGGGCCACAGGCACCACGUUCAGCUCUUCCCAUUGGUGCAGAGCCUGCUGCAGAUCCUACACGGCUAGUACCUGUGAAUAUUAACCGUGACUUGCUCCAUUUAGUUCUGGCUGUUUCAUAUGCCAAGGAACCCGAUCAAGUUAUUUCCAGUAAUGUUGCUGGGUUCAUCUACAUCACAGACAUCGACGUCCAGAGGAAGAAGAUCACGUAUGUUGCGCCGUGCCCUGGUGAUCUCCCAAGCAGGUUUUUGAUAGUUGGAACCUUGACGUGGCUGGAAACCUAGGAAUGAAAUGUGGAGGUCUGAAUGUGCAUCUUUCAUGCAACAUUACCAGUUUGGUUUGAAGGGGUGAGUGAUGGUGUGCCUUACGUGCCAAGCUAGAGAUGCUAGAUGGGAUCAGAUGUGCAAUAUUUUGGUAUCCGGUGUUGUUCUUUUGACAUUUUAACCUUUAGUCAUUACAGUAGCUUCUUUUGCAUACUAAGCAUGUAGUAUUUGUGUUCCCUUUCCAAAUUGUUAGAGGCUCAUUGUCAUAUUUUCAAUGGACCACAGAUGUGUCGGAAUCCACAAGCUAUGUAAUAUUGCAUGAGUUUCACUCCCAA